AUGGCUCCAAUGAGUCUCCCACCAGGGUUUAGGUUCCACCCCACAGAUGAAGAGCUUGUUGCUUAUUACUUAGAAAGGAAAAUAACAGGUCGCUCAAUAGAACUUGACAUCAUCGCUGAAGUUGAUUUAUACAAGUGCGAACCUUGGGAUUUGCCAGAUAAAUCAUUCCUUCCAAGCAAAGACAUGGAGUGGUAUUUUUACAGUCCAAGGGACAGAAAGUACCCAAAUGGAUCAAGAACAAAUAGGGCAACACAAGCUGGGUACUGGAAGGCUACUGGGAAAGAUAGGCCAGUGCACUCUCAAAAGAAGCCAGUUGGCAUGAAGAAGACAUUGGUUUACUACAGAGGUAGAGCACCACAUGGGAUUAGAACCAACUGGGUUAUGCAUGAAUAUCGCUUAAUUGAAUCAGUGCCUGGUGCUGCUCUCUCAUCAUUGAAGGACUCCUAUUCGUUGUGUCGCAUUUUCAAGAAGACAAUUCAAGUUCCAACCAAACCUAAAGAAGAACAAAUCGAGGAUGCAAAGAAGGAAUCGCUGUGGAUCUCUGAAGAACAAGUGUUAAGGGAAGACUCAAGUGGCACUGAGAUUUCUAGAGAAAUUGAAACCGUGGAUGAGAAAGUUCUCAAUCAUGAACACCCUAAAUUUCCUUGUGACGCUUCUUCUUCUGAUCUCACUCAAGGAACAUGUACACCCACAGAUACCGGUAUAGCAGAUGAUUUUCAACCACAAUUUGCUUGUGAUGAAGCAAACAGUGCAGCUAAUUCAUACACAAUGGCAUUAGGAUACCCCACAAAUCUAUUUCAGGAUGUAGAAAUCUCUACCUAUGCUAUGCAUUAUCAAUUCCCAUACACACCUUUGGUGCUGGAAGAUUUCCCACAAGUAAAUUUACCAGAGACAAAGUCAACAAAGUCCGAAAUGCCUGAUGAUGGCAUGUUAUAUGAUAGAUAUAGGGACUGUAUGAAUGGAACACUAGAAGAGAUCAUCUCUUUGUGUUGCUCUCAAGAUAAUUCAGUCCCCUUUCCCAUGCUAGAAUGA